CUUGGCCAAUAUACCCCAUUCUGAUUCUGAUUCUGAUUCUGAUCUGGUGUGAAAUGGGAAUACAGCCUGGAUUGGAUCCCAGGGCAUUCUGAAAAUACACAUCGACAUCUAGGGGCAAUUAAGAGUAGCUAAUCAACCUACUGCAAUUUUUUUGGGAGGGACUCAGGAUGUUGCGAUUGCGGUGUAAGUCUAAGAACGGGACUCAUCUGAUGCAAGGUCUGACGCACCAGUCCUGUGUUAAGGAGUUGAAAGACAAGGUGGAAGAGCUGACAGGAAUCCCAUGUGAUGUCCAGAAAGUUAUGGUGGGUUACCCGCCCACAAGCUUGGAUUUCAGCAACGGAGAUGCACAUCUGAAAGAUUUCCCCAUAAAAUCUGGAGACACGCUCAUUGUAGAGGAAGAAAAGAACAAGCCUAAAGUCAGCAUGCCAAAAACCCCACUCUUGGACAGUCGACCUGUGCUGGAGCGUCGCACGGUGCCCGCUGAUAAUUCGUGUCUGUUCACCAGUGUUAAUUACGUGGUGGAGGGAGGCGUGUAUAACGCGGCCUGUUCGUCCGACAUGCGGCAGCUGAUUGCCCACAUCGUAGCCAACGAUCCCACCGCGUACAGCGAAGCCGUGCUGGGGAAAAGUAACGAGGACUACUGUGCUUGGAUCCGCCGCAGUGACACGUGGGGUGGUGCCAUCGAGCUCUCCAUCCUGUCUAAGUUUUACCAAUGUGAGAUCUGUGUGGUCGGCACUCAAAUGGUUCGUGUGGACCGAUUUGGCGAGGACGCCGGCUACAGCAAGCGCGUGCUGCUCAUCUACGACGGCAUCCACUACGACCCGCUGCAGAUGCGUGUGCCCGGGACGGACUGCCCGCCGCAGACCAUCUUCUCCACGUCUGACGACGUCGUUCUGGCGGAGGCGCUGGAGCUGGCCGACGAGGCACGCCGCAAACGCCAGUUCACGGACGUGAACCGUUUCGCGCUGCGCUGCAUGACGUGUCAGACUGGCCUAGUGGGACAGAAGGAGGCGAGGGAACACGCCAAGGAGACGGGCCACACUAAUUUCGGCGAGGUUUAAAACUUGGCUGAUCACAAACCUCAGACUUGUCUGUUACCACAACGCUACAUGUUCUCAUGAUUUCACAGCUGUGUCUCAGUGAAGUUCUCUACCUCACGUUAUUCUGAUCCCUCCCCCUUUAUUGCAGCUAUGGACGACACUGGGUUUUGACAUUCUUUAACAAAGUUUGAAGCAUUAAUUUGGUGUGUGUGUGUGUGUGUGUGUGUGUUGUCACAGUAUUGUAAUAACAUUUUACAAACGUAUUAGUAGCAGUUGAAUCUGUUGCCUAAUCAACUGAGCCUCAAUUCAAACCAAAACGUAAGGGUACUUUCAUAUAUGCAGUGUUUCACAUAUUCCGUUCGAUUCGAGUCCUGGUGCGAGUUCCUCGUUUGUGCAGGUGAGAACAUGAAUCGCACUCGGGCGAGGAUCAAAUCUGGACAGGGCGUGAACAGAGAAUGGCAUGUGAUUUGGGUUACAGACAACAUUUUGUUCAGUAGCAGUUAUGUGGGCUGUUAAAGUGAGUCUCGAGGAGCAAACUGAGCCUAGAGCUGUAGAAGCACGAUGUGUUUCUGAGAAAAUAAACAGCAGACAUCAGACAAAAGCAUCUUGGCAAGGGUUUGUUACUUUAUUCUGUCAUUUUGUACAUUCCAUAUAAAUGCCGUUUAAACUCUACAAUCCCCUCAGACAAUAUUAUUAUUAUUAAUAUUAUAUUUUUUUUGCAUUGUGUUUCAGAUGUAAUUUUCUGAUUCGUACAGUUAUGAAAGCACCCUAGAACUCGCAGGACUGUCAGACUAGAUGGCACUAUUACAUUAGUUGAACAUUUUAACCUAUAUAUAUAUAUAUAUAUAUAUAUAUAUAUAUAUAUAUAUAUAUAUAUAUAUAUAUAUAUAUAUACUAACUGAAGUAACUGAAUCAAUGGCACAAUGUUGAGUUCAGACUUCAAGUCAGUUUGUGUCUUGCGUCCACAUGCCUUCUGUCACCGGCUUUCACAUCAUAAAAUACAUCAGUGGAUCAGUGGCUACAUUAGUGAUCAAUCUUUAUAAUUAACACGUGCUCUUUUAUCAUGGAACUUUCAGAAGACUCAUUAACUCGGCGCUCUGUUAGCGCAGCGCUUCACCUGUGUCGAAAGAGAACGAUGCUCUAGUCCUUUAAUCUGUCAUGAGUACAAACGGCUUCCAAAGCUUGGUCAUGACAGCCGAGCUAACUCGCCAAGCCCAGUCUGCCAUAAUGUCACUGUAUUCUGGGACUUUGAGUCUAAUGUUUACAAUGUGUUUCAUGCUGAAGUUUUCCUUCAAGGUCUUUCAGAAAUCCAGAUCUGUUUAAUCUGUAGUGUUAAAAAUGAAGUUUUGAGAUACUCCGCUCCAGUCCCAGUACGCUUUUGGUUCCGGGUAUCGGUUCAGUGCAUCCCUAACCAUUUCAGAACAAUCAUGGUCUAAAAUUCUCAGUGUCUAAAUAUUACCUAUUACUUGAAGUGCUUGCAGAGGUGAACGACUUUAUCUCUAAGCUUCUCAUUUGAAGUUCUCGUUAAACUAAUGAGAGCUCAGGCCUUGGUGUGUGUUUGUAGAGAAAACAACGCUGACCCGGUUACACGUUCGGGUGCGUGGUGGUGUUUGUUUCUCCUAACCGCAAACGCAAAACACUCGAAGCUUUUUUUUUGAUCGACUGAAGUGCAGUGAGUUUGUUUUUGUUUUUUUCUUAAGUGGAGAAUUGUGUCAUAUCAGACUUUUCUGAAACACUGGGGCAAAUGUUACUCGAUAACUUAGUAGUACAAGUUUAUAAACUGUAUACGAAAUGUAUUCCAAGUUCUGAAAAGUACAUACAGUCAGGUACCGUCUACUGUCUACUCACUACAACACUUAAGUUAUUGUACAAUUUUUAUUUUGCAGAAUUGUUCCACUGUGACGCCAAAGGAAAUGUCUUGUUAUUAUUAAACCUCUCUCUCUCUCUUUUUUUUUUGUUUUUUUGACCAGAUUUGAUUUAGGCAAUCUUUGUGUUAUGAAGUUGAGAUUAAAGCUUCUUUACUAAGUGAGAUGUGAGUGGGUGAGAAAGCUCUGAAACCUGAAAUAAAGGUUCAUGUUGAGGCUUC